AGCGUAUAUUUUUCGCGCAGUUCGCUCGGACGCGCCCACAAAGUGAAAGUGAAAGAUGUUGUAGGCAGAAAGUGACGUUUCCACUCAACACAAAUGUCGCACCUCUCUGCGUGGCGGUGUGAUUUCAUACACAUUCGUGUGGAUUUACCCGUCGGCGUUCCAUCUGAAUUCUCCGGGACAAGCGGACAUGCUUGUGCUGCUUAUAUUGAUUUUCAUGACGGCUGCUAAUCAGCAUAAUUUUGCCAGAGCAAGCGGUUUCUGUGGACCGCCUCAGAUAGCCUACACAGUUCCUGUUCAUGAGACAUAUCCCAUUAAUAAGAUAAUUCGCCUUCAGUGUGUAGAGGGCUACGUGAGGAAAGCAGGAACAUCCAACCAGAUCCGCUGCACAGAAAAAGAUGGCGAAAAAUUCUGGGAGUAUAUCCUUAACUUCGAGUGCAUACCUGAUCCCAGAAAGCCGAAUGUGCCGAAAACUGAUCCCACAACGCCACAUGUGACAAAAAAGACCCAAAUGCCUCAUUUCACAUCAUCCACCACAGAAAGCACAGAUAUAAAGAUUUCCACAGUUCUUGGCACAAGCAUGCCAACCACAGCAACAGGGCAUUUAACUUUGACAACAACAAAUGAAGUUGUCACAACCAAAACAAGAAGAACUACCAGCCAGCCAACUUUGAAGAGCACAACAAAAGAGGCAGAGUCUAUUACAACAACCAACGAAAUUACUUCUUCAACAUCCAGCAGCUUCACAAGCAGAGAUUAUAUGACAGCCACAUCGUCACAUUCCUCGUCAAGCUCUUUCACUACAAUAACAGAAGUUAAAGGAUUUUCACACGAUGGAGUCAAUGUAUCUGUAAAGACUACAAAUGUUUCUGAAGAAACUAAAAUGGAAGCCACCUUUAGUAAUUACACAUCAACAGUAAGUGGUGUUACAAGCAUAAUUAUCAUCUGCCUGGCGGCAGCAGUAUUCCUUCUCUGGUGGAGGUGGAGACAUCGAGAAAGAAGUGAUAGAAACGGGAUCCAACUAUAUCAUAACGUCUGUACAUCUGAACACUGUUCAACUGACCCAAACACAGCAGCCAACAAUCCCACAACAGUCUCUGUCAAUGACACAAAUCAACCACAUACAGGCUCCUUAAAUGGUGUGGACACAAGUGACAAGCUCCUCCCACAAACAGACUCCUGUUAAAGACUUUGCCCUUAGCACUGCAUAAAAUACCAUCCCAACUGAACAUAUCUGAUAAACCUCCAUCUAUUGUACUUUACCUCACUCUACUCAUUUAAUGUUAUCAUAAAAUGAAUAAAGUUUUUAUAUUGUUUUUA